UACAAAACAGAAAAUCGCACUUGCUGCAAUCCAGGUCCAACAACAACAAUAACAACAGCACCGACGCCAACUCCCACUACGACAUCAGCAACAACAACAACAACAAUAACACCAACUACAACUACAACUGCUACAACAGCUUGUCCAAGAUGGGGCGACUGGGGACUGUGGGAUAGUUGUGAUACACCGAACUGUCAACCUUUCGUUGACUAUCCCGGUUAUCCAAAACGAAAACGACAACCUUGUACCCAGUUAUUGGAAACAACUUGCACACGGAUCAAGGCAUGUGAGCAAUGUGAUGGCAGCACUGGGGACUGCACUAUACCGCAACCGUCGGAAACAAAAAUAUUAAAGUGCUGCGUACCCUAAUAAAAGAUAACAACACGACGGCCGCCCAGACACCAAACCUGAAACAGUUAAAGACGAAACAAUUAUGAUCUACAUAUUUUAUUAUAUGAACAAUUGAUUGCUUAAUAAAGACAAAUUCAUUGCUGCAAAAAA